AUGGCCUCAGAUCGAGUAGCCCACAUCACCGAAGCCCAGAAACAAGCUCUCAUGGACAAUCUACAGCUUGAGAUCGCCGAUCGGGCUCGCAAACUACGCGCCCAGUACGCUCUCCAAGCCCAAGGCCUUCGCACUCGUCUCGAAAUGCGCAUCAACCGUAUUCCUCGCAAUCUCCGCAAAGCAAACAUGGGAGAUUUAUUAGAGAAACACCUCGAAGCCCAGAAGAAGACGCAGCAACGUCUGCCUAGCCCGAACAAAAGAAAAAGCUUGAAGCGCAAAAGCGAGGAAGCAGCUAUCGCUGACAAGGAAAACACUCAACCCGCCUCCGCAGCUCUCGCCAACCCAAAGAAGCGCACUAAGCCUAGUCCUGGCCCUACUGGCAUUCCUACCUCUCCCAACCUGGCCCGUUCGACGAGACCCCAAGCCCUCAACACUACCGUUCUAUCUCCUAAAUCCCCCAACUCGCGCACACUGCCACGAUCUCCCUUGAAGUCUCCCUCGGCAAAGUCUCCACCAACGCUUCCCAGGCCUCGCGGCGCAGCUCUUCAAGCAGCUCGACCCACUACGAAAGGCACGCUAAAGAGACCUGCCACCGCACCCACGGCCACUGCUCUAGAGGCAGUAGUAUCUGCUGCACAACCGAACACUUCUACGCGUCGUGCUCUUCGCGCCAGCAAUGCCUCAGCAGAAAGCACUAGCAGUGAAAAGACCACAAUCAUCAACAAGUCACCCGCCAAACCCAAUCCUCCGAGUCGCCCACACACUGCUAUGGCUCUGGCAUCGCCUAAGAAGUUGCCCGUGCCCACUUCACCCGCCAAAUACAACUCAAUCAGAGAAAAACCAUUGCCAGCACCCGCUGCAGCACCAACUCCUGUCGCGGGCACUAUUAAGAAGGGUACCUUUAAGAGCGCAAUGGCCUCACUCACAGGCAGCAAGAAAGGGAAGAAGACAACCGCUGCUGCUGCGUUUGGCUCCAAUGGUACGCCUCCGCCUGCUGGUAGAGUGCUGAGAAAGCGCGCACCCUAA